GAUUUCAGAGCAAAUAAAUAGCAGAUCUUUCUAAACAGUCAGAAAUGAACUUCUGCCUUUUUUAACAUUAAUAAUACAGAUUGAAGCUACUUGACUGAAUCUGCUUGAUAAUCACUUUGCCUAUGUGGAAAACUAUUACAAAAAGGAUUCAAUCUUGUGCUUUAUUUUAUCUCUAAGAAAAUUUGAUUUAGAAUCUUUUCUGGUUGCCGAUUAUUUUUCAUCUGUCUCUGAAAGAAUAUGGCUUACUGUGGACUGCAAAUCAUUGGCCUUGUACUUGGAGGCAUUGGCAUGGUUGGGACUUUUACAGCCACACUCUUGCCUCAAUGGAAAGUGUCUGCCUUCAUUGGUGGUAACAUCGUGGUGUUUGAGACAAUGUGGGAAGGGCUAUGGAUGAAUUGCGUCAGUCAACUUAACAUCAAAACUCAGUGCAGAUUCUAUCCCUCUGUCUUGGCACUUCCAGAUGGCUUGGCAGCAGCCAGAGCAUUGAUGUGCAUUGCUGUGGUCUUAUCAAUCAUUGCCUUUGUGACAGCUAUUAUUGGUAUGAAGUGUACUCAAUGUAUUGGGGAUAGUAAGCAAGCCCGGAAGAUCACUCUGCUAACAGCUGGAGUCGUUUUUAUUUUGACAGCCAUUCUCGUUCUGAUACCAGUGUCCUGGACUGCCAAUGGUAUCAUCAGAGACUUCCGCAAUCCGUUCAUCCCUGCACCACGCAAACGAGAACUGGGAGCUGCCCUCUACUUAGGGUGGGUCAGCUCAGCAUUUCUCAUUGCUGGAGGAGCAAUAUACUGCAGCUUUCACUGCUAUGCUAGUAAAUCCAGAAGUCCCAGGUAUCCUACCAUCCAGAAUCCAGAAGUCCCAGCUAUCCUACCAUCUUCCCGCCAUCAUUUGCACAAAACCAAACAUGCAUCAGCAGGGACUCUGAGCAUGAAUUCCUAUGUGUAGUUAUCUCAAGAUCUUUCCACUCAGACUGUUGAUUUUCACUGAUGGACAUUAACAGGUAUAUUAAAUUGUGAGUGUGGAAUUUAAGAGUGGGCUGGCUUAUUUAUAAUUCACAGUUAACUAUAAGUUAUUAUUGUAUCAUUUGUAUUUGUUAGUGCAAGGCUUCAGUCAGACUGAGAGUCACACUGUGGGGCUGCAUUUCACUACCACCAGCUUAGUCAUACAGAUGAGCUUUUCUUAUCACUGGAUGAUAAAUGAAAUGCAGCUUUACAAUACUGGUGACCAGGACUCUAAUGAUAGGGCAAGUCAGGGAGGAAGGCUGCCAUCUAUAGCAUCACCCUCUCACAAGUCCCAUUGGCAUAGAAAAUCAAGAUAAUUCUAUCAGCUCUAUUUUGUUGGGAUGACAAGAAGCACAAUGGGAGCAGCCUUCCUAAGGCCACUUCUAGACCAGCUGCUGGCAGCAAAGACUUUGGAGCAUGGCUCAAGAAACAACUGCAUGGAUAAGGGAACAAUAACAGACACAAACGCCUGUGGCAGAACUAUUUAACCUCCCUGGAUGUUUCAUCAGUGACCUGAGUGUAGCUGUUCUUAAAAACUGAACUUUAAAAAUCAACUUGAAUACCAAGAUACAGAACAAGAAUCAUCCUCAGAUUGGAUUGUGUUAAAUAUGGUCACAACAGAG